AAUUCUCGGACUACAUCGCAGUAUUAUAAUCUUCAUUCCCAAGCCUGAGGGCGCGGCCUCUAUACAGCGCUUUGGGUGAACGGCACCAUGACUUUCCCCAAAGUAAAACUCUCACUGUCAAAAGCCCUCGGCAUCAUGAAUAGUCACCACGGAUUCAAACACAUCAUCAUGUGUCUUCAUCACAGCGGUGGGGAGAAGACAAGAUCAUUUAUUGAUUGCUCAGGCGGCCCUGUUUUUUCAACUCAUGUCAAGAACAGUUUCUCACCGUAUCAGGGCUGUUGCUCAGACAUACAGCUUUUCUUGUCGCGUAACAUGACAUACUGAGCCUACAGAUAGAGAGUUUUGCAUAUAUAUAAUGUGGAGAGCUACGAUUCUCGUAACCCAGCUUCCUUUCAUUGACAGGAUGUACUUCUUUGCUUUGCUUCUAUUCUCAGGAGCUGCGAUCGCUGUUGCGCACGCUGAAGAAGCCAAGCGCGACGCAAGUCAGCCCUACUUCAACAUAUAUCAAGGUCCAAAUGAGCAAGAUUCGAUUAUCAAUGAUCCUUCUACUCAACUGGAUUACACCCUGUCUGGGGGAGAGGCAUAUCCCAACCCGUACAUGGCAGACAGACUAGGAACGACUGGCCCUCUUCUGAUUUCGUCCACUAACCUGAUCGAAUCACUGGCUCACUUUGUCCGUGAGAGAGUGCCUGAGCGCACUGUCCACGCAAAAGGCGGAGGUGCUCAUGGUUGGUUUGAAGUGACCACACCUGUGGGUGCGAACUAUUCGAUGGCGAGUGUCUUCUCGGAGGUCGGCAAGCGUACCCCAGUCACUGCCCGGCUUUCUACAAUUGCCGGUAAUCUGGGCAAUGCGGAUACUGUUCGAGAUCUGCGAGGGCUCGCCUUUAAGUUGCGCACAGAAGACGGAAUCUUGGACUGGGUAUUCUUAAACCACCCUGUUUUCUGGCUUCGCGAUCCAGCAAAAUUCCCUCGUUAUUCACUCAUUGUACACCCCAUCAGAAUUUCUGGGGUGAGCGACAAAUCAGCCACUUCGAUGUGCAGGCUUUACAUUUUUUUAGAUUACCUUUCCGCGAAUAAUGAAUCAAUCUACCAGGUCAUGCGUACCAUGACUGACCUCGGGACUCCUUACGGGUUCAGGCAUAUGAAUGGCUACAGUGGCAAUACAUUCCGCGCUGUGAAGGCAGAUGGCUCGUGGGUUUACAUCAAAACCAUCGCAGUGACAGAUCAAGGCAUCAUGAACAACACUAAUGACGAGGCCAUCGUGCAAGCUGGCGUGAGCCCCGACUUUGGCGUCCAAGAUCUUUAUGACUCCAUUGCAGCUGGAAAUUACCCCAGCUGGACAAUUUACUGGCAAACCAUGACGCCUCAACAAGCCGAGAACUAUAAAUAUGCACCUUACCAGGAAAUUGGUCGAAUCACCCUUGUUCAGAACCCGACUAACCAUUUCGCAGAGGUUGAACAAAUUGGUUUUGACCCUGCCAACAUGCCUUAUGGUCUCGAACCUUCCGCGGAUCCCACACUGCAAGCACGAUUGUUCGCUUACGCUGAUGCCCAGCGAUACCGCACUGGAGUUAACGGCAGACAACUCCCAAUCAACUGCCCUCUCAAUCCUGUCGCGAAUUUCUUACGUGAUGGUGCCAUGAACUUCAACAACCAGGGAAAUCGCCCGAACUUUUGGUCGCAGCAAGAUCUUCUUGGGCUUGCUCCUCGGCCGUAUAAUGACGACAACCACACCAUUUGGACUGGCGGCGCUGUCAAGUACCUUAGCACACCCAGCGAGAUAGAUUUCGAUCAACCAAGGAUUUUCUGGAAUGGUCUAUCUGAACGUGAUCAAAACAACUUGAUCUCCAAUGUCAUCUGGCAUCUUGGUCAGGCCAGCGACAUGGCUAUUCGCACCAAGCAGUGCCAGCUCUUUCAGCAUGUGAAUGAGACUUUAGGUCAAGCCAUUGCGAUGGGAGUGAAUGUCACUCUGUAGAUAACAUUACUGCCUUUCCGUCUUUGCAGCUACUUUCAUAUUGGUGGAUCAGGUUUCUUUCUUGGCCAUUUCUAUUUAUUCGUGGAGCUUGACAAACUACAGGGUCCCACUGUUUUACGAUACUGUUGGAGCGGAACAAGGGCGGAAUACUAUGACGCUCCAAACCCCA